AUGUAUACAACUAUACAAGCACGAGGAUCAAGAGGGGCCUUGAAGGGCCUCUGCAAGCAUGUAGAAACUCUGCUAAAUGAGGCAAGAGAAUUGAAUGACCGUAUUCUUGAGAAUGAGGAACAACUCGAAGUCGACCAUCAACAAGCCUUACAUCUACGCUACAUACAACAAGUAGGAACGGUAGCAGAUGACUUAGAGCAAUAUUUGCAAGCAAGAGUAAAUGACGAGCCAUCGGUUAUUGCUAGUCUACACAUGCCACUACAGAGUAGUAAUCAGAGAGAGGACGAUCACAGCUCUCAUCGCUCUAGUGUUGCACGCAGCCACCAUAACCAACAGCCAAUGUCUUUACGAGAAGCAGAGAAUGGUCGACGGAGUUCAUUCGAUCGUCGAGAAGCAGAGCUGAGAGAAGUAGAAAUAAGGCUACAAAGUUUAAAUGUCAACGCCGAAACCGGAAUUCCUUUUGGAGAUCCCAAUAACGGAAACGUUCAGAGAUGGUGUGCCGAUCGCCAAAGAUGGCCCACAAACGAGCUUGUUGAAGACCACGAUCAAGCGCCCGACGUCUGGAUAGACCUUUACAGUGCAGGACAACUGCCACCUCACAAUUGGAUGGGAAGAGGGGCUCAUGCCUCGGUAAAAGCAGAACUGGAACCUUAUAGUGGGAAAGCACUUGAAUGGUUUUGCUGGAUAGACCUUUUUCGUGCUCUCGUUCACGACACUGCAAAAUCUCCAGGAGAAAAACUCGCGUUAUUGAAGCGCAGUCUGAGAGGCGACUGCGUUGAUAUUGUCCAUGGUCUUGGUGGAGGAGAGGCGGCAUACAUCGAAGCAUUGGUGAGACUGAAACAAAACUGUGGUAGAAGAGAUGUCAUGAGGGCAGCCCACUUCCAAGCUAUCGAACGACUGGAGUUAAGAAAUGACCCUUCCAGCUUCAAACGAUUUUCCGAGAAGAUCCGGACCCACCUCUUUGACCUAAAUCGUAUCGGUGAAACAUCUUCAGCGGACUUAAUCGAGAGAAUCUGUCUCAAGCUCCAGUUACAAGAUAGAUUAGCUUGGAAUGCCGAUCGAAGAGAAACCAUAGACGAGAGAAGCCUUAACAAUUUCGGAAAUUGGCUAUGUCUACGCCCCUCAGCCUACCAGAACGCGUAUAGUUUGGCAGCAGACCAAUUGCAACCAGCCGCCGGAAGCAUCAACCAUAGGCAGCGUCCAGCUCGCACCCAUCAGAGCUCCUCAAAGUUCCAAGUAGACGAAAAGAUGACCCGCCUAGGAUCUAUCCAACCGUAUUGCUUUAAGUGCGAAGGUCAUCAUCGGGUUCAAGACUGCAACGAAUUCAAAGCUCUUCUUGUAGGAGACAGGGUCAGCUUUUGUGCCAGACAUCGGUUAUGCUAUAGCUGUUUCGGUACGAGGCAUUCUGCAAGAGACUGUCGAGUUAAGAAGACUUGCCGCUACCCUAACUGCAAGAUGUGGCAUCACGCCCUUCUACAUGAUCCAUCCCGGGAAGUAACUGAUGGCUCACGAAACAAUACUCUACGAUCUAAGCAACCCCAACGGCGCCAAGUUGUCAUGGGAAUGGUGAGGCUCAACGUCAUCACGGAAGACGGAUCAGUUUUCCCAGCCAACGUCUUCGUGGAUGAGGGGAGCGACACGACUUUGAUUAGGGAGGAUUUUGCGCACCGUUUGAAAUUACGCGGUGAUCGGCAGAUAUUGGCGGUAGACGGAGCUGGCCAUGUAGUGAACCACUACCGAUCACGGAGAGUGGACAUUAAGCUUCGUGCGGAUUCCGUUGAAUCAUUCGAUCUCCAAGCCUCAACGCUUCCAACGGUGGCAAGUCCAACGCCAGUGAUCGACUGGUCUCGACUUAAGUUAGAGUGGCCACAUCUGUCCGAUCUACCGAUUGGGAUUUCUGGUGGACGAAUAGACAUUCUGCUCGGGAUGGAUUAUGGUCAUCUAGUCGCAACGCUGGAAUCCAGGGUCGGCAGAGAAGAUGAACCCGUCGCAUCCCGCACCCGUCUAGGUUGGAUUGUGAGAGGUGUCAUCGGUGCCGAAUCUUCCGUCUACACCAUUCGGUUACAUCAUGUGUCCAGUAGUACCUCACUAACGGAAAUUGCAAACGAGUUACGCCGAUUCUGCGAUACCGAGAACUUCGGAACGGAAUACCAGACCGCCGCCCUAUCUAUUGAUGACCAGCGAGCCGUUAAGAUCCUAGAAGACGAGACAAGAAAAUUAGAGACCGGUUACGAGGUGCCAAUCACGUGGCGAGUCGGUGAACCAAAUUUCGAGUCUUUCUAUCUGGAUUAUCGAGCCGCUUUACAGAAGACUUUCACAAAAGGCUAUGCCUCCAAGGUCGACAAUCCUUCCGCGGACACCGUUAAAUACUUCCUAUCCCAUCACGGAGUGUACAAAGGGACGAAACUUCGUGUUGUCUUCGACGCCGCUGCCAUGCAUAGAGGCAAGUGCCUGAACGAUGCCAUCCUAAGUGGACCUGCCCUUCAGCCAUCGCUUCCCGCAGUCCUUAUACAGUUUAGAGAAGGAGAGGUCGCUUGGGCGUCAGAUGUCGAAGCUAUGUUCAGCCGUUUUCGGUUGAGGUCGUGCGACACUCCAUACUUUUUUUUCUUGUGGCAAGAAACUCCCUCCGAGAAACCGGUUGUCUACAGGAUGAACCGUUUGCCGUUUGGAGCUAGCUGCUCGCCGUUCGUGGCCAUCCAGACGACAAGACGGGCCGCCAUCGACGCAGGCGCAGAUGAACUCGUAGUCCAGGCGAUUCUGCGGAAAAUGUACGUGGACGACUAUCUAGGGUCUGCGCCGACCGUGGCUCUAGGGCUGAAAGAAGCGGAAGCCGUCACUAAAGUUCUCGCUUCAGCAGACUUACACCUUCAAGGAUGGAUUUCCAACUCCAAGCGUUUCAUCCGGGAAAUUACGAAGAAUGCAACGAUAUUAGCCGCGACGACACGACCUCAUGCGCUCACCAAUAGUGGUCCUGAUACUGUUCUUGGUAUCACUUGGAAUAUCGCAUCGGAUUCGUUGGGGUUCAGUGCUAGAACCUGUGAUGACCUAAAAUACACUCGGGCCGGUUUGACCAGUAAGGUCGCAAGUGUAUUUGACCCGCUUGGGACGGCUUCACCCUUCAUCAUAAAAGCAAAGAUCAAGCUAAGAGAGAUCGGGAUUAAAGGACUAGACUGGUCGGACGAGGUUAGCGAGGAUGAAGCAGCGUGGUGGCGAUCCUGGUUUCGACUUUUAAGCAGACUACCCGAAGCCACUUUCAACCGAUGCCUGUUCCCGGAUGAAACAAAGAUCACCAGCUCGCAGCUACACAUCUUUUGCGACGCCUCGGAGGAAGCCUACGCGGCCGUUGUGUACAUACGGAACGUGUGGGAAGAUGGACGAAUACGGUGUUCGCAGAUCAAAGCUUGCACAAAGCUUGCGCCGAUGAAAACUCUAUCCGUCCCGAAGCUGGAGCUCAACGCCGCGCUACUAGGUGCCCGUCUCGCCAAAUUUGUGCAGAGUUCCUUGACGCGAUCGGUCACCGCUCGCCGGUUUUGGACCGACAGUAGCACGGUUAGGAACUGGGUCAGAGCAUCCGCCUCAUCAUACCAAGUGUUCGUAGCCAACAGAGUGGGUGAAAUACAGACCAUCACCGAAACGGAAGAAUGGAGGUUUGUACCGGGGCGCCUGAACCCAGCCGACACCGCAACACGUUCAGCGAUCGAUGACGAAGUUCUACCUAAGGUCUGGAUGGAAGGCCCCGACUUCCUUUUCAAGAUGGAGGACGAGUGGCCAAAAGACUUACCGUGGAUGGUCGUCAAUGAAGAAAUCAAAUCAAGCAAGAUUAACCACUCGAAAUCGUCGGUGACCUACAAUUGGUCGACCCUGUCCAUUGAUCAGACCAACCUGUCUUCGGUGCUGAGACUAGAAGGUGAAUUCUUAAACAUUAUAAAGAUUUGUCAGCAAGAGGCUUUUGGCGACGACCUGCAUCGACUGGAGAAUGGGAAAACUUUAAAAUCGACGUCUCAUCUCCUCGCUCUAAGUCCAUGGCUGGGAAAGGACGGACUCUUGAGACUUGGCGGCCGGAUCGGACGAGCGAAGUUGCCCUACGAUGUUCUCCACCCUCCGUUAUUGCCCAGCAAACACCCACUAACUGAGAAUAUCAUUUCCGCCCUGCAUCGAGAGAUGCAUCACGCAGGAACGGACUACCUGUUCUCCAAACUUCUUCAACAUUUCUGGGUCGUACGGGGGAGAGAAGCAGUUAAAAGGAUACGUCACAACUGUACAGAAUGCAUACGAGAACGCGCGGCCCCGGCAGCACAAAUGAUGGGAGAAAUUCCGUCUGAACGCCUCGAGUCACUUGCCAGUCCGUUCACACACACGGCAGUGGAUUACUUUGGGCCGCUAGAGACCAGCCCUGGACGGAAUAGGGUAAACAAACGUUAUGGAGCCCUUUUCACCUGUCUUGUUACGAGGGCCGUGCACCUUGAACUUGCCUUUUCCCUGUCAUCAGACGACUUCCUCCUUGCUCUGAGACGUUUCAUAGGCAUCUACACCAAGCCAAGAACCGUUCAUUCGGACAACGGAACCAACUUCGUAGGAGCCGAGCGUGAGCUGAAUUCCCUUGUUAAUGAAUUGCAUAGCAGCGAAGAUUUAACAAGGUUCAAAACCGAAAAGGCGAUCGACUGGCGAUUCCAACCUCCUCGCGCUCCACAUUUUGGCGGAGCCCACGAAAGUCUUGUUCGUUCGACGAAAAAGGCGUUGUACCGUGCUUUGGAAACUGAGAAGAAAGGCCUCCGAUUCCCCUCUGAUGAAACACUUCGGACUAUCUUAGCGGAGAUUGCUGGACUAUUAAACAGCCCACCGCUUACCUACACUAGUACGGACCCCGCCGAUCUCAGACCGCUGACACCAAACGAUUUCAUGAAUCGUCCCCCCACGUCUGAUCUACCUGCCGGCUCGUUUGACGACGUGCUUCCCCGUGAACAAUUUCGAUACGUCCAGCGUAUGAUGAACUUGUUUUGGGAUUUAUGGACCAAGUAUUACCUGCCGUCUUUAGCCCCUCGCAAGAAGUGGAAGACCAAGCACCGAAACAUGUCAGUAAAUGACGUGGUUAUGUUGAUCGAUCCUAACGUCCCGCGGGGUCAGUGGAAGAUCGGCAGCGUAUCGAAGACGUUCCCUGGAGCUGACGGACUCAUUCGUGUCGUGGAGGUGCAAACCGAAGGCGCAGUCUUUGUGCGUCCAGUCCACCGACUUUGUUUGCUGGAAGCUUCGUCUCGCACCGAAGAGGGAGGUCUACAAGACGAGCCGAACAGAGUUCCCGGAGAUCGACCCAAAUAG